UCAGAGCGAGUUUAACCGCUGAUCUGAGAUCUGUGUUUGUGUUUGUCCUCUAACCGUGGAUAUAACAGUUUGGUCAUCCAAUCUGAUCUGAGACAAAACUAUUAGAUUGUCCUUAAGAUGGCAGCCUCCGUCAGACAGUUACUGAAACCUAGGACACCGAGUCUGUGUUUGGUGAGAUGGAGUCGGUAUAAUCCAUACUAUCUGGAUCCUGAUCCCAGUAAAGAUGCUCGUGUCCCAGAAUCAGAGCUCAGUCCUGAAGAUAAAGAGCUGCAGGAACUGAAAACAGUGAGUCCGAUCAAAGCAGCUCUGUCCAGCGACACCAGCUCUGCUUUCAGUGACCCUCUGAUCAGCAAGUUCAUCAACAUGAUGAUGGAAGAUGGAAACAAAAUCCUUGCUAGAGGAAUCAUGACACAGACGCUGGAGACCAUAAAGAGAAAACAAGUGGAGAAAUACCACAAAUCUCCAGCAGCUAAGAGAGAAGAGAUCGAGUGUAAUCCAUACACCGUCUUCAGUCAGGCCCUAGAGAACUGCAAACCCAUCAUUGGACUGGCCAGUGUCCAGAAAGGAGGCAAAUCUUAUCAGGUGCCCGUUCCUCUCACGGAUAAUCGACGGCGUUUUCUGGCCAUGAAGUGGCUGAUCACAGAAUGCAGAGACAACAAACACCGUCGCACACACAUGUACGAGAAACUCUCGCAGGAGCUGCUGGCCGCCUUCGCUAACGAAGGAAAUGUAGUGAAACGCAAACACGACCUUCACAAGAUGGCCGAAGCCAACAGGGCAUAUGCACACUACCGCUGGUGGUAGAGAGAGGACGUCUGGACUCCUAGUUCACCCACAGACGUGACAGCAUCAGGAGUUUGGGAUGGAUGGGCAUCUCAAAAAAGGACAUGACAAAGUAUCUUAUCUCAUCUUCGUGUGAAAGUAAAUAAAGCUAUCAAAAGUCA